AUGGGCGCUAAAUCGAGUGAAUGCUCGCGACAGACUUUGACUGGCACCAGUUCCUCCGGAGACCAAAGCGACGUGUCCAGCUCCCACGACUCCCCUGCAGCGGAUCAUGAUGUUUUCCAACGAUUACAAGGUUCAACUUCAACUCACGCCACAGAAACAAUGCAGCCUCUUCGUGAUCCUAGUCCAAAAGGAUCUUUGCGCAAAUCUACCGCCAGCAGGGUUCAGGUCAAGCACAAGCCCCGGAAUCAGGGCCAGGAUAUUCCUGAACAGCACGAAAAAUCCCAAAUUGAGGCCCCACCGGAUGCCGAUGAUGCGUCACAUCUAUCGCAAGAUAUAGGCAUGAGCACUCACUCGAGUGGGACAGCUCGCAUCGAUAAAGACAAUUUCUGA